CGCCCGUACGCGUCUGAGGCGGCGGGGGUGGCGAGGACGAGGCGAGAUGAGGCGCCUGCAGCCCGGAGCCGCGUUGCUGCUGUCGCUGCUAUGGGAGUGUACAGAGGCCAAAAAGCAUUGCUGGUACUUUGAAGGGUUAUAUCCUACCUAUUAUAUAUGUCGCUCCUAUGAGGACUGCUGUGGUUCGAGAUGCUGUGUAAGAGCCCUCUCUAUCCAGCGACUAUGGUAUUUUUGGUUCCUUUUGAUGAUGGGAGUUUUGUUCUGUUGUGGAGCUGGUUUCUUUAUCCGAAGACGGAUGUACCCUCCUCCACUUGUAGAAGAACCUACUUUUAAUGUGUCUUACACCAGACAACCAGUCAACACUGCAUCAGGGUCACAGCAACCUGGAGUGCCAUAUUACACAGACCCAGGCGGACCUGUGAUGAAUCCCAUGGCGAUGGCUUUCCAUGUCCAGCCCAAUUCCCCCCAAGGAAACCCGGUUUACCCUCCUCCACCUUCCUACUGCAACACACCACCUCCUCCGUAUGAGCAGGUGGUGAAAUCCUCCACAUGAGGACUCUGUGGCUCUGACCUGACUCUGGGAGAAGAAGGUGCCAUUGCAAAACAACCAGGAUGGUGGGCAUCUGCCCCUUUGAACAUUUGCUAGCUUUCCAUGUCCUCUCUCCCUUCCUAUCUUGAACCUUUCCUCAUUAAAUUUCCUUGCAAAGGGGUGAUUUUUUUGCAGUAGAAGUGGAUUUUUUCUUUGUCUUUAAAAUGAAAUAAGUUGUCUUUGUAAUGCUUUUAAUGGAAAUCUAUAUUUAAAACCUGUAUGUCUUUCUCUUUAUUUAUUGUUUGUUUGACCCACAGUUGUAAUUACAUUGUGGCAGACAACCGGUAGCAGUUCCUUGUGCCACCCCAGAUUGAUGUGCAUUCUCCUAAAAUGGAGGAAAUGUCUUCACUUAGGGAAAAUUACAGAGAAAGAGGGUAAAAAUAGAAAAGGUCUUUUACCAGAAAUGGUAGCCCUAUCUUUUUUGCCAACGGUUUUCUUGUAAAACUCAGUUCUGAUGCACACCACAGAGGCUCUGUGAUAGAAGUCGCUGAGUGGCUGGGACACCGAUGUUCACUGGGUCAUGGAAGAAACUUUGCCAAGUGCCCCUAGGACUGGGGAUUCAGUGCUUUAAAUGGUGCACUUGAAAGUGGAGGACCGUGAGCUGAGUGUUUCUUGGCCAGAAGCUGGACUCUGCCUAUGUGAGCUUCAUCCUGGCUACGCUUGCUUUGCCAGCAGUGAGAUUGAAUGAAACGGAUGAUGACCUAAAUAUCAGUGGUGAGAGGCAAGUGCUAUAAUCUCAGAAUGACUUGUGCUCGUGCCUCUAGACUAAAUGAUUAGAAAUACUGAAAUACAUAGAGUUUUCUUCAUUAAAUUAGAAAGCAGCUACACUAAGAGGGAGUGGGAGCACAUUUCCAAGUUUGCUCCCUUUGAAAUUGAUGGUAAUUUUGUCACUGAUAAAUAAUACUUUUGAUUACGGUCUUGCUGCUGCCACAAAGAGUGUGAAGUAGAGCUGUCGCCUCUGGGUGACACAUCUGUGAAAUGCUCUCCUCUCUAGGACAAAUAGAUAACUCUUUGGAACUUGUGCUGAAGAAGUUCCUUAAUCUGAUGUGCAAAAAAAAAAAAAGUGUGAGGAAAAAAGAAAAGAGAUGUCCUCUAAAUUUGGUCGAGGUCUUAUCACCAGUAUGAAAGUAUUCAAGUAUUCACGUUUUUCAAAGCUGGGUUGGUGGACUGGAGGAUGGGCUUUCUUGGUAUUUCUACAGUCUCAGGCUUUUAUUGCCUGUAAAACUUGGACAGGUUUUCUUUUUCUUUUUUUUUUUUUUUUUUCAUAGAAUCACAAAAUGGUUUGAAUUGGAAGGGAGCUUAAAGACAACCCACUUCCAACCUCUCUGCUGCGGGCAGGGUUGCCAGCCACUAGGUUGCCCAAGAUCUGGGCUUGAACCUCCAGGGAUGGUGUACUCACAACCUGUUCUAGUGCUCACCACCCUCCGAGUAAAAAACUUCUUCCUAACAUCAAACCUAAAUUUCCCCUCUUUUAGUUCAAAACCACUUGUCCAGUCACAAUGGCUCAUAUAAAAAGUCAAUCUCCCUCCUGUAUAUAAGCUCCCUUUCGUUACUGGAAGGCUGCAGUGAGAUCUCCCCAGAGCCUUCUCCAGACUGAACAAACCAAGCUCCCUCAGCCUUUCUUCGUAGGAGAGGAUUCUUUGUAGGAGAUGCAGAUAUGGUUUAGUAGCUUGUGGUAAUAAUGGUGAUGGGAGGACGCUUGGACUAGAUGAUCUUGUAGGUCCUUUCCAACCUUGUGAUUCUAUGAUUCUGUGAUUUUAUUAAAGUAAGUUUAGAUGGUGUUGUACCUCUGAUCAUCUUCUUCGCUCUUUACCGAGGCGUUUGUUUGAAGUUCUUUUUGUUAAUGAGUGGAGUUAAAAUUGUGAUCUCCUGUGCACAAAGGAGGACAGAGCCAAUGUUCAUUCUUCACAGCUGUGAAAUUCUUUGUGGCAGGCAGCUUCAUACACUCGUUUUUCUGUGGCAUUCUCUGGUUUCUUCUCCCUCUGCCAACAGAGGCUGGGUGGCAGGCGUGUUGCUUUGGCCCUUGUGGGAGGGUCCUAGUCCCUGUUGGCAGGAAAACCUCCAGUGAAACAUCUCCCAGAGAAUAGGUGUCACUGGUAGUUAACUCAUUACACCUGGCAUGUUGUGCUGGUGUGGGAAGCGCUUCAAGUGAGGAGAGCCCUGGGUAUGCCCAUCCUGAGGCUUGUUGGUGAAGUCUGGACUGCUGUAGCAGUCUGCCUCAGUGAAGUAUUGCAAAGGAUUUGAAUGGUGGCUGGGCUCUGCUAGCCUUCCUCCUGUGGGACUGCACCAGGGCAUAAGCAGUGGCAAGAGCUCGUGCCUCCAGGUGCGCAGUCAUCACAUUUCCUCCUGAAGGAUGAGCAAACACAAUUUCUUAGACAUGGCCACAGGCCUGGUCUCAUUUUUGGUACUGUUUUCAUUUGAGUUUCCAGGUUGCUGGCUCGUGCUCUGCAUCACCUGGACAAUCCCUGCUUUUUGGUGUUAUUUUUAACUUCCAUGAGUUAACUGGUAGGAGCCUCCACAUCACAUAGCAGAAGUGCUUCCUGUAGAACCACAGCAUGUCAGUGUUGAGCUGUGAAGCUCUGUUACUUGCAGUAUGGAGGGAGCAAUGCCACAAACUUGCUCAUCUUGCUCAUCAGUGCUGCUU